CACUUUGUUUGACCUCCAUAAUUUCAAAGACGGUACAUUAAAUAACACCACUUAAUAUUUGACGAUUCUAUUUCAAGAUACAGUCUCCACUGUCUGAGCAACAUCGAUACACUAUUAAACCUCACCGGAUGAAUAGAAUGUCUCGUCACCUGAACGUUACCGAGCAGGCCAACUUGACAAACCUGAAGUAAGAACAUUUUUUUGCGAGCAUAGCCCUAUUCUCGUUAUUUUUCAUCUUUUUAAGUGUGAUUUUCGCAUCAGUGUUAUGAGACGGCAAGCAGUUUGCCUCGCAGUUCUGGCUGCGCUAUCUGAAUGACUAAAAACAGCCGUUUUAAGAUCGGUCCUUGGUAUUUGCUCCAAAUUAAAGAAACUUCUUUGCGGUUUUGUUCACGAAAGAACGGUUUACUGUUUUCGUUUUUCGCUUGUCCAGCCUAAAGGUCUCGUUAUCCCAGUCCCCUGUUUAACUGAACCGCAGCCUCGGCGAUUUUCCGAUCUAUAGCUUUUUUUUUUUCAAUAGUUGUCUGAUGAAAAUUUUUGGGCCUAAUUUGCGGUUCCUGAUGAGAGCCUAGGGUUUUUAUUUCUGGCGACCAUCAUCGAUCGAUUGAGCUUCAUGCUAAUUUAGCUUUGUUUUUGUUUGACGAGUUUCAGCCAUCCUUUAAAAAUGGGUUUCGUUUUAAGUGACAUAUAAUUAGGACUGGUUUAAUUAAUUUCCUACACAAGCCCGGGCCACCUGUCUCAAAGAACUAACCAAAUUUUGCCUUUCUGUUUGGGUUCAGGAUAAUGGACAACUCAGGAAAACCUCAAUGGUUUACUGUCCUGGGCUGGCUUCUGACUGCCCUCGCUUUCACAGGCAAUAUCUUCAUCAUCAUUUUAAUUGCUUCGAAAACACGCCUUCAGCGCAUUACCAAUUGGUUUCUUUUGUCUUUGUCCGUGGCAGAUCUUGGAGUAAGCUUGAGUUUGUAUCCUGGUUUAUACUUCUGUUUACCUAACGUUGAGAACGGGUGCCAUUACAUUUUGCUUGCCAUCUUUCAGUGGGUAUUCUUGUACGCAUCUGUGACCAAUCUAUGCGUGUUGACAUUGGACCGCUACAUGGCGAUAGUCAAACCCUUUGUUUAUGCCAGUUUCAUGUCAAAAAACUGUGUUUUGGCGCUCAUCAGCAUGGCCUGGAUUCUACCGUUCGUGGCCGGUUUUGUACCUUUAACUCUUAUACAAACGAAAGACGGUAUAAGGUACUUCACCUUUGUAGCGGCGAUCGUUUUUGAGCUCAUUCCCUGGGUAAGCUUGCUGCUAACCACGAUACAGUUGCUAUUUAUCGCCAGAAAACAUGUCCGCGAGCGGUCUGCAGUUGUGAAACAGCUACGCUACAAUGACUCCACUACAACAGGAACUGAAAACACGCCGCCCUUGCGCCAAGGAAACAGGGCUCGAAACUCCAUCGCUUUCAUCGUUUUUGUGGUAACAUUUUACAUUCUCUGUUACUCCCUAACUGCUGUUAAGAGCGUGUGCAAUUUUUUGCCGUUUUGUCCAACUGCUUCAGAUAACGUGGAACAGGCGCAACAAUUACUGCUGAUUGCAAACUCUGCGUUCAACCCCCUCGUUUAUGGAUUACUCAAACAGGACAUUAAGCGGGAAAUAAGCAAGCUUGUACACUGUGGUUGCUUCAAAAGACAGCUCUCUUCAUUUCAAAUGGAACAGAGAUGCUGAUAACUUCAGAAAUACAAUGCACAGGCGCAAGCAGAUCUGAAAUUUUCCAAGAAACAAAUCGAAGAGCUUCCUUCUUCAUUCCAACCUCGCCCGAACAUUUCAAAACCUUUCGGACAAAAGAAAAGGAACUCAAAAUGACGGAACCAUACGGAACUCAAUGUAAAGAACAGAUUAGUCUAAAAAAAAUUAAUGAUUUAUUUAUUCUGGUCUAUUUCCCUUUAUUUAUGUAAGUAAUUAUUGUACAGUAGUAAAA